AUGAGCUGUCCUGCAACUGGCCAAACCUUUGCUGGGUAUGGCCCACGAGGAUGUGCCUUCUUGGGCUCCUUGGAAGCAUCUGGAUCGCAAACCCUAUAUGGAUCGUCCCCAGGUACUCGUGGUGCUGAAGUGGCGCUGGAAAAGGAGCGAAAGACUAUCUGCCAGGUUCUCUUACCUACUGCUCCUCCUAAAGAGAUCACAAAGAAUAUGGCGAACGCGGACUCACUGAAUCCCUCUGAAGCCGAUAUCCUCGCAGUCGCUCUUGGAGCACCCGCUCGGCGCGUUCUAGAGAGAGCUGAUGCAUUGGGACCUGUGACUGGGUGGCGCGACGGAUGGCUAUCGACAAAGCAUGGAUUUUGUCCCCCAGAUCCAAAUGCGGCACCCGCUGCGCUCGCACUCUCACCUGGAAGGGUAUGGAGUGACAUUUGUUCUCGAAUGCCAGGUCUAAUCGCACGAGGCCGCAUUCGUGAGGCUAUUCUCGAGCUACCUCUCAUCGACGGGUCCGAAGCCACUAUUCCAGACGCAGCACUAUGGGCCGCAGUCGUCUGCUUGGGAAUCCUCGCCUCUAUCUGGCGCUAUGAGGAGCGCAACGAUGGCCACGAAGGAAUCGUCAAAGGUGUCCGCAAGGAGCAGUUGACAAACUCCCAUGGAGAACCAGACGAGGAACCAGAAACAAUUGGUAUACCUCGUAACAUUGUCAUCCCAUUUCGGCAAGUAUGCACGAGACUGGGUCGUCCUCUCCCGUACCUCUCCCAAUCCGACGUCUCGCUUCACAACUACAAGAUUCGAGACCCAACUUCGAUAUAUCCAUAUCUUCCUCGUGCAGAGAACAUGGACUUGCGCUGGCCCAUAUUCAAGGAUCGCGGUGAAGCCAUGUUCUUGCUUUGCAUGGCUGAAGUUCACGGCCUAUUCAUUCCUGGACCGGACCUAAUUGCUCGGUGUCAAGAACGGGUGAUGGAGAAGGACAAUGACGGCCUCUUGGUCGAGUUGAUCAAACUAAAGGAGAUCAUCGACCAGCUCUCAUACGUAUUUCACAAGAUUUCCGUCAAUCCUCACUCUGGUGAAAACUUUGCACCACCGGCUUCAUGGGGUCAAGGAUACGCAAAAUUCUCAGCACCUUUAUCUAAGCGCGUUCCUGCGCUUUCUGGGCUAUUCUUGCCCGUUUUCCAAUGCAUGGAUGCAUUCCUUAUGCGGACGAAUUUCAAGUCGUUCCUCGGAAUCGAGUCGAUUCACCUAAGAGCAUGGAUGCCACUCAACAUUCGCGCUUUUCUUGCUGCGAUUGAGAAUCACUAUCCAGUCGUACCUUAUAUUCAGAAAAGUGGGGAUCCACGAUUAAUUGGCGUCCUGGAUGCUAUAGUAGAGAGUUACGCGGGAGAGAAGGGAUUCAUGGGUACCCAUCGAUACAAAGUCUAUGGCUUUUUGGAGAUCGUCGCGAAAACAGGCAGAGUCGAGACAAAUGGAGGUGCAGGAUCGUCUGAUACUGUCGGCCGUCCUUGGCAAACCGUUCAUAAGACGCUCGCCGAUUCGAUGAAGGAGCGGCUCGAACCAUACCGUGGUGCGGAAUCCCUUGACGUUCAGCCGCAAGAAAUGAGAGGUACCUAUGACGAAUGUCGCUUCCUUGCCAAGAUUGUCAAACGCACGUCCAUCGACGACGACCCGCAUCGCUCGACAGGCCAAGUCACUUUUGAUCUCGAAAAUGUUGGCUUGACGUUUAUCCCUGGCGACCGACUUGCAGUGAUGCCCUUAAACUCUUGGUCAGAUGUCGAGAAAGUGGUCGGUGCACUUGGUCUGAUCGAUUUCCUGGACGUAACCGUCCCACUGGAUGCCCCCACUGCGUCCAAGUGGAAGCGAUACGCACGACAUGAAGCCGAUGUCAAAAAGCUCGACUCGAGAUUUGAGCGCUCUCUCACUGUUCGGGAUAUUCUUCGUAAAGGCAAGCUCGCCCCGUUGACAAAGGAGACUGUAGUCAUGAUACACUCUAUGGUGCAAGUUUCAUCCGCAACUUUGCAAGUCCUCGGCUCAGAGACUUGGCCGGUCGUCGGUUCGCUGGGUGAUCUCCUUAUGGCUGCCUUGGGCGAUGUACCUGCAAAUGUUUGGGAUCAAGCAUUCCCUCUCGACAAUCUAUCAUGGCUUCCAGCACUUAUUCCACCCGAAGUGCCACGUACAUAUUCGAUAUCAUGCUUUCCAUUCGACCUCCUCCCAAAGUCAGUUGAUCUUACCGUUACACGAGCGGAACACCCAGUCUCUCCCUUCCUACUUUUCGACGGUCAACCAAAUUCGCGUCCAGGCGUCUGCUCGGGGUUCCUCAACCCAGACCCUACUGUCGACGGGUCUCCACGGCAUCCUCUGACUGCUGGUAAGGAGUCAACCGAGACGGUCCUCAUUGGAAUCUCUCGACCGCUCAACUUCCAACUUCCGGUUUCUCCCGCCGCUCCUGUAGCCAUGUUUGCUGCUGGUUCGGGAAUUGCGCCUUUCCGUGGAUUCUGGCAAGCACGGCUCAACAGCGGGGUCAUUGGUCGGAAUAUCUUAUUCCUGGGCGUGCAGUCGAGAAAAAAGUUUCUGUAUAAGCACGAGCUUCGCGACCACGUUCAAUCGGGGAAGCUCGAGCUCCACGUUGCCUUCUCUCGGGACACCGCUGGUCUCGUAUAUGAUCCCGUCUCUCGUGAUCUUGUGGAGAAGACAAUGGAACCCCGAUAUAUCGAUGCCACGAUCAUUGAUCAAGGACCGACGGUGUGCGACCUGAUCAUCUCAACCAAACUCGGGGGCCUAGGCGGUUAUCUAUAUAUUUGCGGGAGCGUGUCUCUCUACGAGACGGUGAUGCGUGGAUUCCGCAAAGCCCUCUAUCAGUUCCGAGCGGUUACUACAGAAGGCGCGGAUGAACUUCUCGCUCAAGCAUUUGCCGAGCGUCGUUGCAUGCUAGACGUUUUCAUGACGCCAAGAGUCAUGAGCGAGAAGGAGCCAUUUAUCCCGUUAUCCGAGCUUUCGAGACACACGGGCCAUAGACAGGGGUCUAGGAUGUGGAUUGGAGUCCACGGCUCUGUUUAUGAUGUAACAGAGUUUCUUCCUAUUCAUCCAGGUGGAACUCUAAUCGUUGCUGGCUCGGCUGGCAUCGACGCAAGCGUAACUUUCGAUGAGGUUGCGCACACAACCAACCCAGAAGUCAUGAGCUUGCUUGGCAAAUAUUUCAUCGGCUACUUAACACCAAAGCCUGCCUUCCGGACCAGAGAACUCAACGACCUCUACGAUGGCUGGGUGGAUUAUUUGCGUACGACAGUGGAGAGCUUGACGACGCUCUCUUUCGAAGUUGAUACGCUCAAAAAAGACUCGAAGCUUUGGUUUUCCGACGGCCUUCUUUCAACUCAUGCGAUCCGAAAACUCUAUCAGCUUCAGUCGAGGUUUCUUACACUCACUGGCUUUCCCGUACUAUUUGGCACCAAAUUGCAGGAGCUCACUCUAACACUCUCCUUUUAUGUCGCCGAUCACGACCAAGAGUCACUUCUGCCUGAUAUCGUUGGGACGAUUACCCAGGCCGGCUCCAGUCCAGCGGCUGUAGCGGCUCGCAAAGAGGUUGCAGAACUGGGAGAGUUUGUGAGCAACUCUGCUACCAGUGCGCCCGCAUUUCAGCAUGGGAUCAUUGCGUACACCCGCAAUAUCUGCGAGUUGGACGUCCGCUUUAUAGAGCAGAUUCGUGAAGAGUUAUGUCAAGGCUAUGAUGUUUUCUUACGGGUCGCCGAGGUCGUCCAGGCCUACCCAAGCAAAGAGAAGCAGGCUCUUUACAAGCUUUCUGUUACAUUGAUCGGCUUUCUCGCAAGGAUUGCCGAGCGAGUCGAGAGCUUCUACACGGAGAUGGCGGCACUCUCGCUGUAUCAGCCGGCCUCGGAAGUCAACCCGGCGCGGGCUCGUUGGAAGUUCAUUCAGCGCCGCAUCAAGGAUGGGUCCUUCUUUAUCCUGUCCCGCGAAAUGUCGCCCUUUAAUCUUGACAACCCCACGGCACAUGCAACUGCCUACGAAAGCAAGAGAAGCAAGCGGCAGACCGUCAGCUUUGACCAUAUCCUAUCUCAAGCAGUCUCGAGCAUGUCGAAGGCGACGCCUGGAACACGAAAUGCUCGCCGUAAUGAAUCCAAAUCUCGUCCCGAACCUCAUCCAAACCAAUCCUAUGCACAAGGCAUCUCAGCUGGUGGUACUCCACCGGUGCCGAGUCGACCUCUUCGCCUCGCCGACACUCACACUGCGCGUGCGGUUGCCUCCAGCAACUCGACCAGCUUUGAGGACGAGAGCAUCGUCAAGGCGGCCAACCGGAUGUCACGCUUUAUGACAGGGAAGAUAAAGGAUCUCCGAAGAUUAUCGAAGAAAUUUGAUAACCUCUCACUUGAACACGCCAUGGCUCGGUAUGGUUCGCCCCUGCAAAACGAAGAGGACUACUCUUCGGAAAGUGGCUCGUCGGCCAGCUCUUUGCUCGAGACUCCAAGGCCGAUUCGCGACCAUCAACGCUCAGGGACUCGUCAUACCGCAGUAGAACAGCUUGUAGGGAGUCAAGGCAGUGGUGAUGGAGUAGCUUCAAGAUUUCGGGUACAAGGAUCCUCGGGUGGAUCCGAAUCUGGCCGCACUGAGAGGAGCGCGAGGACCCUGAUGAGUCGCAGUGACCUUCAAGCGGCUACGUUUACCAGAAAGCUCUCGGUUUUGCAAUCGACUGCCGGAUCCUCUGGUCGUUCUCGGGACUCACCAAAGCCUAGUCAUUGGUAG